ACUACACCUCCCCCAUAAUUUGCAGUCUUGUAUUUAUGAUUGAAAUCAAUAUAAACCAACGUUUCUCCACAAAGGUACAGCAGUGUAUGCUUGUAUAAUUUCCUCGGUAUAAUUUUUUCGGUUUGGCUUAGCCUCGGUUAAACAAGCCGUCGCAAUUCCUUCACAUGGUCUAUUCAAUUUUAGUUCCUCGUUGCCUUGUUCACUCCCUCACUCUAUACUUCACGCGUUCUUUCCCGCGCUAUACACCCCUCACUCUCUCUUUUUCUCUCUGUCUUUCACCACUGAACACGCUCACCUUCGUACACACAGAUCUACCUUGGAGUGAGGAGUAUGAAGUAAGCAGCAGUCCCGCAUUGAUGUUUAUAUGAUGGCGGACCGAAAUACGGAUCAUCUGCACAGUACAAAUGUUGCAGAUAGGGACAAUGCAUUUAGACAGCAGUUAUACUGUUUAUUUUCAGUAAGGACCAAAGGAAUUUGCAACCAAGGGUAGUGAUUCAAGUUUCAACUCAAUUACCUGAGUCUCGGUCAUGCUCACCAUAUUUCCGAAAGGACCCAAAUGAUAUCAUUCAACAAGAAUGCGGAUCAGAUCAAUUAGCAAUAUCUAAUUUCAAAGCUAUAUUACCUCCAGGACAAAACAAUAUAUAUAUGGCAUCAUCCUCACCUAAAUCGAACAAUCAGAAGGUAUCUUCUAUUUCUCCCCCCUAUCCUGUUUUAUUGGGACACCCAAGUUAUUCAUCUCUAAAAUCUCAGCCACAAGGCAAUAAACUACUGACUCUGUCUUCAAAAGCACCAUCUCCUGGCUCCAUUAAUUCUUCAUCACACAGUAUUUCUCCUGUAAGAAAUCCGUCUCCUGUUCAGCUUCAGCUUGUUACCAAUAAUAAUAAUUUAUCAUCAUGUGAAAAUGUUGCUUAUGGUAACAAUGUUUUGCAACUAAAACGAACACAAUCUCCUGCCCUGAUUCAAACACUUCUGCAAAAUCGAGAUCCUUCUCCAAAUCAAAGACUGUCAUCAACAAUAGUAAAUGUUGCACCUGAAGGAUUUCAACAAAAAAUCUUAGUAACACCAUCUGUAUCACCAAACAGAGUUGUUGGUACAGAUCAAUCAUGUGAAGGAUCUUCUACUAUAUUAAUAACGGCCGAUCCCAAUCCUAUUAUUAAUAAAGUAACACAACCUCAAGUGACAUAUGUGAAAACCACCCCAAUUGCUGUAUCAUCACCUGAGCCAUCUCGCACUACACCAGUCACAUAUUCACAAAUGCAACCAACUACCCAAGUGUUUUAUAUGAAAUCAACAUCUCCAAAUAUGCCUCAACUUUCAUCUCAGUUACAAGUACAACCAUUUCAAGGUAUGCAAAUUAAACAAGACCAACUUAUUCUUAAUUCAAUAAUUGUUAAUAAGUCACAGACCACAACAGAAAAAGAUGUAACAUCAUUACAAGGCUCACAGCCAUUACUUUUAUCUGUUCCCAAAUCAACUGAACAAGAACAAACCAUUCUGGGUAAUGAAUUAGAAUUUCGGCAGCCAAUUUAUAAUUCUUCAUUAACUACAUCUCAGCCUGCAACUUCUUCACUACCAUCUUUGGAUCGAUUGACUCUACCAACUUGUCACUCAAACGAAGAUAAAACAUUGUCAACAACUGUACAAUCUGUAUCUGCUAUUUCACAGGCACCUAUAUUAGCUCAAAGACUUGCUGCUCCUUCUGUUAAUAAUACCAUAUUUUCUAGUCAACUAACUUCUUCUAGGUUAGUCUUACCUUCUAGUGGUUCAGCAGUACUACCAACGGGUUUGGCAAAUACUCCCAACAUCCAGUUGAUACCAACAUCAACUAACUUAACGAAUAAUUCAUCCCAGUUAAACAUAUUAUCUGUUCAGAAUAAUAGACUUUCUGCUCUAUCAUCUUCAGAAAACUCAUCUUUUUUGCAACAUGUAUCACCCACUCAGAUUUCUUCCAUGGAGAAUGAGCCUAGAGGUAAGUUUUUGGUUUCAAAUGCACCACUAAAUGUUCAGCCUGCAAUGGUUACCUCAAACCCACAGUUAGCACCAUCUAUCACAGAACGUUUGCCUGUUAGUAAUGCUUCUAUGACUGGCAACACAGGUCUUAUGGCUUCACAGUUGCACCCAACAUUUGUUGACAGACUGUCAAUGACAAACAAAGAUAAUGCUGUCACAUAUUCCACAGUUGUUGUUACAACUCCACAGUUUAUUACAGCUCCUGCAAAUACCAUGAGAAGUGAUUUGACUAAUGUCUCAGCUGUAAAAAGUAUUCUUGCUGCCCAGAAUAUAUCUUCUAAUUUAAAUCCAGCUGCAAAUAAUUCUAUCUUUAAAAUUAUUGCGCCACCAGUUGGAGUUAGUCAACAACCAUCAACACAAGCUCCAAAAUUAGUUUUAACUGAACCACCUGAGUCAUCACUCCUUAACUCUUCACUAAAUCAAAGAUUUCAAGGUAAUCAAACAGCCAUGUUACUUAAUACAAAUAACUCUGGCCAGCAUAAUUUUGCACAAAUUAAAGAUAAUAUGCAACCUCAGAUCAUCUCACUUAAUCCUGUUUCUUUUGAAAUACCAGCUGAGUCAUUUAGAUUCAUUGAAAUGCAAGGUCAGCCAUUAAAAACAACGUCAAGUAAUAUAAUAAAUAAUACUGUGACUAACAACAUUUCUGUUGAUAAACCAAUAAAUAUUGUUACUAGAACGGACUCUGGCAAUGUAAUGAACCCUUCAAAUAUUUUUGUUGUGUCUUCUGCCUCAGAAACGUCAGUGCAGUCAUCAAACAGUGUUAGCACCAAGUCAAAUGAGAAUAUAAAUUCUGAACUCCAAUCCACAUCUAAGUUGCCACCUUUGGAAAAUAAAUUAUAUGUUGAAGAGAACAAUCCUUCUGUUACUCAAAAAGAAACUGCUUUUUCUUUCCGUGCAUUACCAUUGAAAGAUCCCCCAGCUGAACCUGUGAAACCAAAACGCCCUGUUAGGAAAAAAAAUGAUGAUGAUGUCAAUCCAUUUUUUGCUCAUUUACGUGUUUCUUCAGCAUCUCUUUCAAACCAAGGAGGUUUACCUCCUUUUAACACGCUUCAGACUACAAGUGAAGAGACUAAAACCAAACAGUCUUUCUCAGAAAUUAAAAAUAUUUUACAUAGUAAAACAGUUGAUGAUCAGACUAACUUUCAGUCAACUUCUCGUGGAUCAAAAAAAAAUACAUUCAACCAAUCUAAUAAUACUAAGGAAACAUCGGACUCCUUAGAUUCUUGUCUCAAAGCUAGUUCUAGUGAUAAUCAGUUGAAUCAAAAGUGUACUGAUAAAGAUAACCAUACGGAAGAAGAGAAAUCAUCAGAGACUGAUGAUAAUUCAGAAAGGAAGCCCAUUCCAAAGCCACUCAGCAUGCGGUUACAGACUUUGAAUAACUUUCCAGUUAGUCAGGCUUAUAAGUCUGCAUUCCGAUGUCAUGCAGGAGCUAUAUCAAAGGCUAAGGUAGCCUGCAUUACUAGCUCCACUAAAUCAUUGGACCUGAUAAGACAAAAUUUACAAAGAUUCAUCAACAAAGAAAUUGACCAUGUCAUUCAGGAUUAUUUAAAGAAAUUCUUUAAUCCUGGUAUAGAAAACAUUCGCUUUAAUAAUGGACUAAAUGCCGUGAAAGAUGAACAUGUGCAAUCAGUUUGUCAGAAGAUUCUAGAAGAGGCUAAAAAGAUGUACGUUCCGGAUCGUCAAAAUAUAAAGUAUGAUAAAGCACCCGUUGAGAAUGUAUCUCAGCUAAUAACAGCUGGCAGUUCUAAACGAUCUACAGUUAACCGCAAAAGACGAUCCUCAGACACUGAUUCAGACAUUGCUAUUCCAGUCCAAAAGAAAAAGAAAAAAGGCCGUCCCCCAACACAUUCUGGGAGAGUAACACCUCAGAAAUCUAUGCGUUCUGUUGAACCACUCAAGAGAGAAGGGCCAAAGUGGGAUCCAGAGCGCCUAAUUUCAGAAACACUAUUUGUAAUGGGUGCAAGGGCCAAUAAAGCUCUUGGAUUUGGUGCAACAAGAGGUCGACUAUAUAUAAAGCAUCCAGAAUUAUUCAAAUACUCUGGAGACCAAGAUGAUAAACAGUGGUUAUUUGAUAACCACCAUAUGCCUGCUAUCGGAGGAAAAGCCUAUAUAUUGUUAUAUAAUGACAUCGAAAACCUUGCUAAUACUGAUGAAUAUCGGGAAAAUCCCAAUGUGAUACUCACUGAAUUGGUGCUUUUCAAGGUUCCUCUUUGGAUGUUAGAAAAGAUGAAAAUACAAAUGAAUGCUUUACGUACAGAUCUUCCUAAAACCAAAACUCCAAGCAUAAACAAUAUACAUUCCAACGAUACAAUUAUUUCAUUGACUAAAGAAGUACAACCAGCAGUCGUUCAGUCCUCCAGUUCCACUGAAGUCCUCGCAAGCAAACUUCCAUUUACAAGAUUUUUAUAUGAUGAUAGCAUUAAGCCUGUUUGUGAGACACCACCUGAAAAUAAUGAUAUGUUUGAAAUAUUAUCAAUGGACAAUGAUACCCAAGAGACAGAUGUAUCUCCAUUUGUUCCUGGACCUAUUGGUGCUGAAGGACCUUCUCCUUCUAUAUCAGAUUUAGAUGGCCUUGAUGAAAACACUACUUCCAUAUCCAGUCCAUUUCAAUUGACUACUUCCGAUCCAAAUGGUUGAAUUUUUUUUUGCUUAUUUUUUUUGUUGUUUUUUUUUUCCAUUGAGUGAUCCUCUUGGUUGACUCCUAACAAAAAGCACCAACUUCAGUCACAAUUAAACUGACUGACUGAUCCUAUUUUUCUAAAUUUAUUCAAAGUUCAUGUUGGUGCUAUCAUGUUUUCUAUGCUAUGGAUCUAAAUGGAACUGACUUGGGACUCAGGGCUGCAACUGACAUCAACAAACUCCUGCAUAUUUAGUGUGCGAUGAAAUUCAAUAUGAAGUCUAUGAUAAUCUCUUAUCUCCAUGCAGCCGUUGUUGGGUGAUCACAAGCAUAAAACAAACUUUUGAAAAGACAGAACAAAUUUUGUUUCUCUCCUAUUUGUAAUUAUUGUUUCCUGUGUACUCAAGUUUAAUCUUAACCUUUUAUUGAAAGACAAAGAAAAAAUAUGCCUUUAUUUUUAAAAUUCUAUUUUCUUUCUAGGAAAAAAAUAUUGUAAUUAAUAGGCAUGCAGACUUUUGGGAAAAAGCAUUUUUAAGCAACUGUUGUUUGUUUUAUAUUUUAUCUCUAAAAUGAUAUAUAAAAGAAAUGAAAUGAA